GGCGGCUGCGGCGGCUGCAGCUGCGCUGGGCGGCGGCGGUAGAGCGACCCCCGAGCUCUCCCCGCCCCCCGGACCCGGGACGGAGCUCCGAGCAGCCCCCGCCUCCGGGUUGCGGACUAUGGGCGAGGAGCGCUGAGCGCCGGGAGGAAGAGCCGAGGAUGAAGCGGAGAGCAUCGGAUAGAGGAGCGGGGGAAACAUCGGCCAGGGCGAAGGGUCUCGGAACUGGGAUUUCUGGAAACAACGCGAAGAGAGCCGGACCGUUUAUCCUAGGUCCCCGUUUAGGUAACUCACCAGUGCCAAGUAUUGUUCAGUGUUUGGCCAGGAAAGACGGGACAGAUGACUUCUAUCAGCUGAAGAUCCUCACACUGGAGGAGAGGGGGGACAAAGGGAUAGAGACCCAGGAGGAAAGGCAAGGCAAGAUGCUGUUACACACCGAGUAUUCUCUGCUUUCCCUCCUCCACAAUCAGGACGGCGUAGUUCACCACCACGGGCUCUUCCAGGACCGAGCCUGUGAAAUCACCGAGGACUUGGAAUCCACCCGGAUGGUCCGGAAAAUGAAGAAACGCAUCUGCCUGGUCCUCGACUGCCUCUGCGCUCACGAUUUCAGUGACAAAACGGCAGAUCUGAUCAACCUCCAGCAUUACGUCAUUAAAGAGAAGAGGCUCAGCGAGAGGGAAACGGUGGUGAUAUUCUACGACGUGGUACGAGUGGUCGAAGCAUUACACAAGAAAAACAUUGUGCACAGAGACCUGAAACUGGGAAACAUGGUGCUAAGCAAAAGGACUCACAGGAUAACCAUCACCAACUUCUGUCUCGGAAAGCACCUGGUGAGCGAGGACGACUUGCUGAAAGAUCAGAGAGGGAGCCCGGCCUACAUCAGUCCAGACGUCCUCAGCGGCCGGCCGUACCGGGGGAAGCCGAGCGACAUGUGGGCGCUGGGGGUGGUGCUGUUCACCAUGCUGUACGGACAGUUCCCCUUCUACGACAGCAUUCCUCAGGAGCUCUUCCGCAAGAUCAAAGCCGCAGAGUACAUGAUCCCCGAAGACGGGCGGGUUUCUGAGAACACAGUGUGUCUCAUCCGGAAACUGCUGGUCCUCGAUCCCCAGCAGCGCUUGGCAGCCUCCGAGGUCCUGGAUUCCCUCAGCUCCAUCAUCGCGUCGUGGCAGUCCAUGUCCUCCCUGAGCGGGCCCCUGCAGGUGGUUCCCGAUAUCGAUGACCAGAUGAACGGCUCGGAGAACGCCCAAGAGGCCAAGGUGACGGAAGAGUGUUCCCAGUACGAGUUUGAGAACUACAUGCGGCAGCAGCUGCUGCUGGCGGAGGAGAAGAACUCGCUGCCUGAGGCCAAGGGCUUCCUGCAGAAGCGCCAGUUCGGGAACAUCCCCCCCGUGCGGCGUCUGGGCCACGACGCCCAGCCCAUGAACCCGCUGGACGCUGCCAUCCUCGCCCAGCGAUACCUUCGGAAGUAGCCCCCGGAUCCCCGGGCCCCCACGCAGCACAAGCGCCGUCCGCCUCCCGGACUCGAGAACAACAGCAAUAGCAGGGGCCGCCCCCGCCCCGAGAGAAAUGUAGCAGUUUGACCUAAGCUCCGGGCCGGGCCCACGUGUUCCCUCACUCCCUCGUGGCUGUGGAGAGAGAGAGAGAGCGGGAGAGAGAGAGGACUCCAGAACGCAUUUCGGAAGCAACACUCGCACUCACACUGUGCUGUCUCCUGGAAUGAUUUUUUUUUUUUUUUUAAUCCGGAAGCCUAGACAAUUAAUCUGCUUUUAAUCAUGACUUUUUAAUCUACCUCUGUCUUUUUAACCGUGCCGUUCUCUGGAGCAAAUAGAACGGAAGAGCAAAGGAGCCCUCAGAAACCACCAUCGGCAACACAGCGGGAGUCUUGGCCUGCGAGGCCCUCGAGCCCGGGGCGGCGCCCACGCCAGCGGGCAGCCGGGGGACAGCCGGGGGCGACCGGGCCACCUGGGUGGAAUAAGCUUCUUGUCGUCUCCGGGUUUUAGGCAAGCCUACCCAUUUCUGAAAACCUCUCCCUCCCCCUCCAAGACCCUCUCCUCCUCCGCCUCCCGUCCGUGUCUCUCCCCACCAGAGCCCCCGUCACUCCCUCCCACUUCGACAGACCUUUGUCUCGUCUUAAGCCUGGUUCAAAUAUAUUUAUUUUUGAUAAA